GGGAGGAAGGAGGAAGAGCGCCGGCGCCAUCUUGUUUGUUUUAGCUGGUGAAUCCGUCGCUGGGAGGAGGGGUCGUCAAAAGUACCUCGGCCGCCAAAAAGGAAAAGAUAACAGGAGUUACAUAGGUUUGGCGUCUCCCACCUCGCUGUGAGAACGAGCUGGGACAAUGUUCUACGCCCACUUUGUUCUAAGCAAGCGUGGGCCGCUGGCCAAAAUCUGGCUGGCGGCCCACUGGGAUAAGAAGCUGACCAAGGCGCAUGUGUUUGAGUGCAACCUAGAGAGCAGUGUGGAGAGUAUCAUCUCCCCCAAGGUGAAGAUGGCCUUGCGGACCUCCGGUCAUCUGCUUCUCGGAGUGGUCAGGAUCUACCACAGGAAGGCCAAGUACCUGUUGGCUGACUGCAAUGAGGCUUUCAUCAAGAUCAAGAUGGCCUUCCGUCCUGGUGUGGUGGAUCUUCCAGAGGAGAACCGUGAGGCUGCCUACAAUGCCAUCACCCUGCCAGAGGAGUUCCACGACUUCGAUCAGCCGCUGCCAGAUCUCGAUGAUAUUGACGUUGCGCAGCAGUUCACCUUAAACCAGAGUCGUGUGGAGGAGAUCACCAUGAGGGAGGAGGUGGGCAACCCCAGCCUCCUGCAGGAGAACGACUUCGCUGACUUUGGGAUGGACGACCGUGAGAUGAUGCGCGAGGAGAGCGCCUUCGAGGUGGACAUCAUCCAUGGUGCCUCUGCCUCUAACCUGCUGCUGGAGCCUGAGGCUGGCGCGGGCCAGAUGGCAGAGAAGUCCAACCACCUAGAGUACGACCAGUACAAGGACGACUUUGGGGACAAUGCCAUGGGCAGCAGUGAGGGAGGCAUGCUGGUGGACAAGCUACUCAGUAAUGAAGAUGGAGGCGGCAUUUUUGACGACCCCCCGGCCAUCACUGAGAGUGUGUUGAUGCCCCCAGACCAUGGCGAUGACGACGAUGACUUUGAUAACCUGUCCCCUGGGGGUCCGGACAGCCCAGACUCGGGCCCUGUGGAGUCCAUGCCCACGAUGACGGACCAGACAGAGCAAACCACCCUGGUGCCCAACGAGGAGGAGGCCUUUGCUCUGGAGCCCAUCGACAUCACAGUGAAGGAAACCAAGGCGAAGAGGAAGAGGAAGCUGAUUGUGGACAGCGUGAAAGAGCUGGACAGCAAGACGAUCCGGGCGCAGCUGAGCGACUACUCUGACAUUGUCACCACGCUCGACCUGGCCCCGCCCACCAAGAAGUUGAUGAUGUGGAAGGAGACUGGGGGCGUGGAGAAGCUCUUCUCCCUGCCUGCCCAGCCCCUGUGGAACAGCAGGCUGCUCAAGAUGUUUACACGCUGCCUGACCCCACUGGUGCCGGAUGAGCUGCGUAAGAGGAGGAAGGGAGGUGAAGCUGACAGCCUGGACGAGUUCCUGAAGGAGCUGGAGAACCCUGAGGUGCCCAGGGAGGAGGUGUUGUCCCAGCAGAGGGACAUCAUUGACCAGACCAUCCUGGAGGAGCCCAGCGUCCUGCAGGCGUCGACCAUGGAGGGCAGCAGGACCCUGGAGGAGUCCGUCAUGCCACCCCCCUCCUCCCAGCGUGGCGUCAAGCGCAAGGUCCAGGACACGGAACCAGCCCUGCCUAUGGGUGCUCUGGAUCAGUCUGACCGUGCAUCCAUAGUGUCUGGGCUAGACAUGCCUCCGGUGGACCUGCCCCCAGAGGAGACGGCUAGCCUCAACCAGCUCAUCCCAGAGCUCGACCUGCUGGGAGACAAGGGCAAAGGGAAGGAGAAGGAGAAGGAUGACGAGGAGGAGGAGGAGGAGGAAGAGGGUCAGAGCGGAGACCAGGACCAGGAGGAAAGGAGAUGGAACAAGAGAACACAGCAGAUGCUCCACGGCCUUCAGAGGGUGAUGGCGAAGACGGGGGCGGAGUCCAUCAGCCUGCUGGACCUCUGCAGGAGCAACAACAAGAAGCAGGCAGCCGCCAAGUUUUACAGCUUCUUGGUGCUGAAGAAGCAGCAGGCCAUCGAGCUGUCCCAGGCCGAGCCCUACAGCGACAUCAUUGCCACCCCCGGCCCACGCUUCCAGAUCGUAUAGACCCUGCGCUCUCUCUUGUCUGGUGGAACCACACUGGCACGUUUUAUUCUUUAAUAAUUUGUUUGUAUAUGACGUGUUAUUUGUUCUGUUUUGUGUAUUUUUUUAAUAAUUUGUGGUACAUGUCAUUUUGGGGAUAUUUGGAAAGAAGGAUGGGUUUUUAUAAGGUUGAUUAACAUCAUAGCUUUUUUUUUUUUUUUUUUU